GGAAGCGGUUUCUGUACUUGUUGCCACGUCGGAGUAAGCGGCCGGCCAGUGUGAUUAACUGGCAAGAUAGGCGUAAUUUUCAUUAACGUUUAGUCAACCACAAUCAUGGUUUCAGUAAUCAACACGGUGGACACCUCUCACGAGGAUAUGAUUCAUGAUGCCCAGAUGGACUACUAUGGGAUACGACUGGCCACCUGUUCUUCUGACCGUACUGUUAAGAUCUUUGAUGUCAGGAACGGAGGACAGAUCCUUGUGGCAGAUCUCAGAGGUCAUGAGGGUCCUGUAUGGCAAGUAGCCUGGGCCCAUCCCAUGUAUGGAAACAUUCUUGCCUCCUGUUCCUAUGACCGGAAAGUCAUCAUUUGGAAAGAGGAGAAUGGAGCCUGGGACAAGAUGUAUGAAUAUACAGGGCACGAGUCAUCAGUGAACUCAGUGUGCUGGGGCCCCUAUGAUUUUGGUCUCAUCCUGGCUUGUGGCAGCUCAGAUGGGGCCAUUUCCCUGCUCACAUUCACCGGAGAUCAGCAGUGGGAUGUUAAGAAGAUCAGCAACGCACACACCAUUGGCUGUAAUGCGGUGAGUUGGGCUCCUGCUGUGGUCCCUGGCAGUCUAAUAGACCAGCCGUCAGGACAGAAGCCAAAUUAUGUCAAACGCUUUGUCUCUGGGGGCUGUGACAACCUGGUUAAACUCUGGAAAGAGGAAGAUGGCCAAUGGAAGGAGGACCAGAAGCUGGAGGCUCACAGCGAUUGGGUGAGGGACGUGGGCUGGGCUCCCUCCAUUGGUCUGCCCACCAGCACCAUUGCCAGCUGCUCCCAGGAUGGACGUGUGUUUAUCUGGACAUGUGAUGACCCAGCAGGAAACACCUGGACGGCCAAACUGCUCCACAAGUUUAACGAUGUGGUGUGGCAUGUCAGCUGGUCUAUCACUGGAAAUAUACUGGCGGUUUCUGGAGGGGACAACAAGGUGACCCUGUGGAAGGAAUCGGUAGACGGCCAGUGGGCAUGUAUCAGUGAUGUCAGCAAGGGCCAGGGAGCCGUCACCUCCAUCACAGACACACAGCAGAUUGAACAGUGAUACCCACACACGGGCGGAAACAGAAAGACGAUUGACUCUUAUCCCAAUUCUCAAAUGUGGAAUAGAUGUUUUAUAACCAUUUAGAAUGUCUGAACUCAAAAGAAUAAAAAAACAUGAUCCGUUUUUUUCCCCCCCACAGAACAGGGCUAUUAUUAGGUCGUUUGAUGCGGUCAAGCGUUAGUAGUCAUACUGAAGGUCUGACACCUCAGCUGAACAGGUACAAUUCAGAUUGGAAUUAAAACUAUCCCUCUGUUAUCAGAAGACAAAAGAAACAUCUUUUUGAAGACCAAGUCUUAUAUAUGCGAUGUGUGUUUCCCUCUCUUUUUCAUAUUUGAUAUGGCACAGUUUGAAACUUAAAACACCAGUGGCUAAUAACUUGCAUCAGCUUCAUUUUGAACAGCACUUUACAAUUUGUUUUAUUUUCUUCCCAGUUCAGACUUUGCCCAAGUGUGUUAUAUCGCUGUUCCAGACAUGACCUAGUACAGGGCCACGCACCCACACUAACCCCAAUCUCCAUCUUUUAUCGAAUGAAUCUUUACCUCUUGAAACAUUCCGACUUCAUCUGCAAAGAGUCAUUUUUCAGUAUCACUACGGAGUGUCCCAUCAUCCUCGGCAGUAUUUAUGUUGGCUUCCGGCUAACGCCCACACAUACCAAGCGGUGUACCCAACAACAUCACCUGUGUCAUUAUUUGGUGGUUUGAAUUAAAUCCUUCAAGCUGCUGUUCUGGACUAGUCAUUAUUUACCUGCCAAAAUGCUAAGCAGGCAACACAAACUGCAAAAGAGAGGCUUUGUUGUGCUUUUUUUUUUAAUGCAGACACUGGUGGCAUAGUAAAAGGCUUCUCUAUCAAACCAAGGGAGUUACCUUUAUAUACGGCAUCCACCAGGUGCAAAACUGGCUUCACCAAUGCAUAAAGGCUUAAAACAAUUCCUUGGCACCGUCCUAGGCGUGAGGAUGACCUCAAAUUUGCCAGACGUUAGCAUGUUUGUGAUUUUUUUUUUCUCAGUUUAAAUAUUUGACAAUAUGGAAGUGUUUUUAAUAUUUGGUGUAAUUAAAUAAUGAAAUGCAAAAUGCCUUUUUUUUCCUUUGUACGUAAGCAGUUGCAAAUGUGAAUAUAUUAACAAACUGUAAUGAUUACAAUUGCUGUCAGACAUUUGCCCGGAAAGCCCAAGUUAUUGAAGAUUAAAUGCUAGUUCAUUUGUUAUGCAAGAUGCAGGAUGAAUGAUUUUCUUGCGAGCUGUAGCUGUGCAGCUUGGACUCCGGCUACUCAUGAUCAACACUGCAAGUGCUAUGAAGCAUGAAGUUAGAGGGAGCUCAUUUGUGUUUAUUGAAUAAAGGACAGAAAAAGGUUUUUUUUUUCUCUAUAUAACGCUGAACAUCAGUCAGCCCUGAUGCUCGGCUGUUGCCCCGGGUAAAUGUGCCCACAUCUUCGAACAGUUACGACCACAUCCUGUAUAAUAUGUCUGUGCCGAAUAAGUUUCGCAAC